AUGUUUCGUAGUAUCACUAAGAACAUCUUCAAGAAGUCAUUCAGGCCUAGCAGACUCAUUUACACACCUUUCAGAGGUAUCAAGUUGCAUGAGUACCAGGCCGUCCAGCUUUUGAAAAAGUAUGAUGUUCCAGUGCCGCACGGUCAACUCGCUACCACCCCAAAGGAAGCAUUGACUGUUGCUCAAUCUAUCUACGAAAUGACAGGGACAGGAGCCGUUGUGAAAGCUCAGAUCCUCGGUGGAGGAAGAGGUAAAGGACACUUCAAAGAAAACGAGUUACAAAGUGGUGUCCAUGUUGCCAAAAAUCCAAAGGAUGCGAAGACUAUCGCUAAGCACAUGCUUGGAUUCUCUCUUGUCACAAAGCAAUCAGGACACAAAGGGCUAAAAGUCAAUUCUGUAUAUUUGGUAGAGCUGUUAGAUAUCCAAAAAGAACUGUAUCUUGCAUUCGCACUUGACAGAGAAGCAUCUGCUCCAGUCUUGGUGUAUUCCCCGGCAGGGGGUAUGGAAAUCGAAGAUAUCGCCAUAGAUACUCCAGAGCUGAUCUUCAAGGAGCAUAUCAAUGAGAACAGCGGAUUCACUGACGAGCAAAUCGAGAGAAUUGUUAAGAACUUAAGUCUUGAAGAUCAUCAUGAUGAAACUGCUAAAGCAAUUCAGAAUUUAUAUACUUGAUUCCAUAACACUGACUCUGAUAUGGUAGAGAUCAACCCAAUGGUUGUUUGCUCGAAGAAAGGAGUCCUAUGUGCUGACUGAAAGAUCACCAUUGAUGAUAAUGCUGCAUACAGGCAGAAAGAGCUAGCAGAGCAAGAAGAUAAAUCUGAUGAGACUCCAAAUGAAGUUGCUGCUAAGAAAUAUGACCUAAACUAUGUCCCGAUUGGUGGAAACAUUGGGUGUUUAGUCAAUGGAGCAGGACUUGCCAUGGCUACCAUGGAUAUCCUGGAUCUUCACAAAGGAAAGGCAGCUAACUUCCUUGAUGUUGGAGGUGGUGCUCAUGGAGAACAGAUGAUUGCAGCUGUCAACCUUCUCUGUAAUGACGAGACAGUAGAUGUUAUUUACAUUAAUAUAUUCGGAGGAAUUUUGAGGUGCGAUCUUUUAGUUCAAUCCAUAAUGGAAGCUAAUAGGGAGAACCCAUUCUCAAAGCCAAUUGUCUUGAGACUCAAUGGUAAUAAAUCUGAAGAGGCUAAAGCUUUAAUUUCCGGAAAGGAGCGUGAGCUUGGUAUUCACUUCGAAGCUGAUUUUGAUGGAUCUGCCAGACUUGCAGUUCAGCUUGCAGCUGAGAAAGCAGCCCAAAAAGAGUAGUUAU